AUGGAGUUGUUCUGGCUGUGGAUGCCUGUUUUGGGCUCUCUGAUGUUAGCGGAAAUCUUGUGGACUCUGCCCAUCAAUCAGGAUCAGUGGCCGAGGCCUGAGGAUGUGGAGCUGGCUGAGGGCUACCUCAGGAGAUUUUACAACCUGAACCCCAGAAGCAGAGUGUCUGGAAGAAGGAUCAGGUCCACGUCAGCCAUGGAAGAGAAGCUCAGAGAAAUGCAAAACUUCUUUGGUCUGAGAGAGACGGGUCGACUGGACCCUCACACCCUGAAUGUGAUGAGGGAGCCGAGGUGUGGUGUUCAAGACGUAGAAAACUUCAGCUUUUAUCCCGAAAGGCCUAAAUGGAAGAACCACACCAUCACAUACAUGAUUGCCAAAUACACUCCGGACAUGAAGAAAGAGGAUGUGGAAAAGUCCUUUCGUUCAGCCCUGAAGAUGUGGAGUGAUGCAGCACCGCUGAGCUUCAUCAAAGUCAACCAUGGCAAAGCUGAUAUAGUGUUCUCCUUCGCCCGCAGAAUUCAUGGAGAUUUCUUUCCCUUUGAUGGACCCCGUGGUGUGCUGGCUCAUGCCUUUCAGCCAGGAGGGGGGAUAGGAGGAGACGUGCACUUUGAUGAAGAUGAAACAUGGACAGACGGGAGGCAAGGUUACAGCCUGUUGGCUGUUGCAGCUCAUGAACUUGGCCACUCACUGGGUUUGACUCACUCAAGAGACCCCUCGGCUAUCAUGUACCCCAAUUACAGGUCUCACAGCAGUACACAGUACUCUCUAUCCAAAGACGAUGUGCUUGGCAUCCAAACACUGUACGGAGAACCCACAAGAAAAGAGGAAACACAAUCAGUUCCCAAAAAGUGUGACCCAAACUUUUCUUUAGACGCAGCAGUUGUGAUUGGAAAUGAGAUUGUUUUCUUUAAAAACAGGUACAUGUGGAUGAGAACAACACGGACAACUUAUUGGAAUCGCCUGAGAGGGAGCCACAGCAGCACAUAUUUUCCGAGCAUCAGUUCUCACUUUGAUGCCGCUUAUGACAUCCCUGCCAAAGGCGUGGCGUACAUAUUCACCGGUUAUAAGUACUGGGUGGUUCAACAGCUUAAGAUGAAAAGUGUUGCUGGCUCCAUCUACGAGUACGGAUUCCCCUCCAGAGUCAAGCAGGUUGACGCAGCCGUGCAUGUCAGUGAAUAUGGAAAAACAGUCUUCUUUGUAGGAGAGGUUUAUUACAGGUUUGAUGAGCACAGGAGAAGGAUGGACCCCGGCUUCCCCAGACUCAUCCAAACAGACUGGCUUGGAGUCCCGAGGAGGGUGGAUGCUGCCUUCAAGUCACAUGGCAGCAUCUUCCUCUUCAGUGGGACAAAAUCCUACCAGUAUGACUUCAAGCAAAAGCGGGUGUUGAAUAUCAUUUCAGCAAACUCUUGGCUGGGAUGUUGA